AUGGUGAUGGAAUCAUCAUCAUCAUCAUCAUCAUCAUUAUCACCAGGAACCUCCUCAUCCGCGCCCACCACUCCCACCAAAACAUUAGCUUCCAAUCUCACUAACGAUGACGAUGACGAACACGGAAGGCCUAGCUUUCACCGUAGGAAUACCAUGGUCCGAGGAAAUGGCCGAACACGCCGGUGUCCCCCCCAAGAGCCUCCUCUUUAUUAUAUCAAUGAUAAUGAUAAUAAUAAUAAUAGUACUGUGGCAAAGACUCCUCGACGGGGAGAAGCCGAUGAGGAUUUCGAACCACCCUUGACACCGCCGACCAGAACGAAAUCGGUGGUGGCAAGCAGUAGACUAAUGGAAUUUUAG